AUGGGAAAAAAUCGCCUCCGCGGUCGGCUCCAGAUCAAAAAGAGAAUGCAUGUUGCGAUUCAAAGAGCUGGCAGAAGCCAUGAAGGCGAAAAAACUAGCAAUGGCCAAGGCGGCGAAAGCUGCUGGCAAAUAAAUAGGAUAAUUUACCUAACUAUAACUACUUUUCAAUGCACCUACUGCUCCCUAAACAAAAUUGAAACGGAAUAUUUUAGAAUGGGCGCAGGGGGUGAUCCGAUUGUGGAGCAUCACUAUAAAGGGCACAAAGAUGCUGUCAAAUGCGUCGCAUUCAAUCCAAAUUUAAAACAGGCGGCAACGGGAUCGGCAGAUGGAGAACUCAUGGUGUGGAAUUUUAGACAGUCAGCUCGUGCGUACAGAUUUUUGGGCCACAAAGAGGCAAUCAACGAUGUUGAAUUUUCAUCAACAGGGCAGAUUAUCGCUACAGCAUCAUCAGAUAAAACAGUCAGACUUUGGAUACCGUCUGUGAAAGGAGAAUCGACACCCUUCAAGGCACAUACGGCGGCUGUUAGAGGAAUCAAUUUCUCUGAUGAUUGUUCACAAAUUAUUACCUGCAGUGAUGAUAAAACAGUAAAACUCUGGGAAGUUAACAGACAACAAUUCAAAUUCUCCCUCACAGGACACACAAAUUGGGUCAGAUCAGUCAGGCUAAGUCCGGACUCCCGACUAGCCGUGUCUGGUGGUGAUGAUAAAGUCGUAAAACUCUGGGAUCUGAGAAACAAAAACAAUAUUGCUGAAUUUCUCGAAAGCGCUGGUCAAAUAAAUUGCGUCAGAUUUCAUCCAAGUGGAAAUUGCAUAGCCGCGUGUGGCGAUGAUAGAUCAACGAGAAUAUGGGAUAUUAGAACAAAUAAGCUUCUUCAACAUUACACAGUACAUUCAGGACCAGUCAAUCAAUUAGCAUUUCAUCCAAGUGGAAGCUGGAUUCUCACAGGCUCAAACGACGGAACACUUAAAGUUUUGGAUAUUAUGGAAGGCCGCAUGUGUUACACUCUUCAUGGACACAGUGGUCAAGUAAAUUCAGUAGCGUUUGCUCAAGAUGGAACUCGUUUUGCCUCUGGUGGACAGGAUGAGCAAGUUAUCGUUUGGAAAACAAAUUUUGAUUCUCCCGAAGAAGAGGAACCUGAGAAAAAGCCAAAGAAAAAGAGCAUCAGUCGGCCGAGUACAGCGCGCCCUGGCUCUGCUCGUCCUGGUAGUAGACCUGCGACAGCGACUGGUCUUCGAAGUAGAAAAGCUCUUAGCGAACAGACAAAUACACCUGAAGUUAGGACUCUCGGGCCACCGAUAGCUGGCAGUUUGCCUGAUCCUCAGUUAAAUUCUACACAAGAAAACAUCGCACAUGCACUCGAAGAUCAAAAGCUACCUCCUAACGUCGAAAAAGUAAUGCAAGAAAUGGUCCGUCAAAUGGACGUCCUCACCCAAACCGUGGCAAUUCUCGAGCAGCGGUUGUACAACAUGGAAAGCAAACUCGACAAUGAAAUUUUGAAGAAGCAGAUUGAUUCAGUCAAAAUCGACGGAGAGGAGACCUCGAAAGAAUAG